ACCCGGGCCGAAUACGAAACCCCGUGACGCGACGCGAAUACGAAAGGAGGCGGCGGCUUGAGAGGGAGGGAGGAGAGAGAGGAUGGCUGCGGCGGCGCGGGAGGAGGAGGAGGAGGAGGUGGCGUCGACGGCGGCGCGGGAGCGGGAGUGGGAGGGGGAGGGGGAGGCGAUGGCGGUGCUGGACUUCGACAUGCUGUGCGCCUCGGUGGCGAUGGCGGCGGAGAGGAGGAAGGAUUCGGCCGCGGCGGCGGCGGCGGUGGCGGCGACGGUGGAGGGAGGGGGAGGGGGAGGUGGGGUGCAGAGGAUGUGGGAAGGGGACGUGGUGCUGGAUUGCUUGGAGGACAGGCGAAUCGCGCUCGAGGCCGCGUGCUGCCCAUGCUACAGGUUCGGCAAGAACAUGCGGAGAGCCAAUCUUGGAUCUUGCUUCCUUCAGGCCAUGGUUUACUUCAUUUCGUUAGUGGCUAUUCUGGUUAGCCUAAUUGCCUUUUCUGUCACAAGGCAUAAUAUAUAUUUAUAUAUGGGACUUAGCUCUGUUCUCUUGAUAGCAAUCUAUACUGGUUACUUCCGAAGAAGAAUCAGGAAGCAGUUCAAUAUCAGGGGAACUGAUAGCAGUCUAGAUGACUGUGUCCUCCAUCUCAUCUGUCCUUGCUGUACACUGUGCCAGGAGGCUCGAACUUUGGAGAUAAAUAAUGUCCAGUGUGGUGUCUGGCAUGGGCGGGGUGAUACCAUUUGUUUAGGAAGCAACGGUGAAGGAAACAAGGCUUUCGCUGCUCUACACAAGUCCUCUUUUGUGCCUAUAAAAUCUCCAGAGUUGUGUGGCAUGGACAGAACAUCAAGUGGUGCUAAUGAACAUGAACCACUUGUUCCAUCAGCUCAACCAGAACAGUAGGACAAUAGCAGUUUUAUCACAUAUACCCUUUGCACAAAUCCGAAUUUAAAUGGUGCAAAUUCUCAAACGAAAGUAGUGACUGUCCAGCAAGAAAAUAAUCAGUGUGGCAAUUACAAGCCUCUUUGAUGUAUUAAGCUUGAAAAUUGGAUGAGCAGCAACCAUAUGUGGAUGAUGGGUGCAACUGGGCUGUUGUAAACUUAGGUGAUAGAUCUCAUCGUGUAUUGAGUUUUAUUUAGGCUCAAGUCGGUAUCUAUAUUAUAUCAUGAUGCUCAAGGCUUAUGAUGAAUCCAACUGUAAAUUUUUCUGGCUGUAAUCUGUAUCAUAGCGUUUCAACUUUCAAUGACAAAUUGGCAUGAAUCAAAUGAAAUGCCCUCAA